CAUUGUUACAGUGUCGCAAUACGGCAUCGCAAUCGGUAUAAAACGUCCCUAUGCAACCUCCAGCAACAUGAGUCCUGUGCUUGCAGUCCAAUCAAACAGCAAAAUGAUGAAAAUUAUUGUCGCCCUCACCGCUCUUGUGGCUAUCGCUGCUGCCAAACCCCAAUUCGUAGCACCCGUGGUCGCUGCUGCCCCAGCCCCUAUCGUGACUGCCACUAGUUCACAAUAUUAUCACCGCAUCAACAAUGGACUGGCAGCUUACGUUGCCGCCCCGGCCGCUUACGUUGCCCCUGCUGCCCCUUACGUCGCCGCUGCCGCCCCAUACGUCGCCGCACCCGCUCCUUACGUAGCCGCUGCCGCCCCUUACGUCGCUGCACCCGCCUCAGUUGUUGCCCUAUAA